GCAUAUUUGUGCAUAUUUGUGCAGAUUUGUGCACAUCUGUGCAUAUUUGUGCGCAUUUGUGCGCAUUUGUGCGCAUUUGUGUGCGUUUCUGCAGAUUUGUGCAGAUUUGUGCGCAUUUGUGCACAGUUGUGCGCAUUUUGUGCAUUUGUGCACAUUUGUGUGCAUAUUUCUUUUGUUUAUAGAGAAAUAGUUAGCGGUAAGUGUAGGGUUAGGGUGGGGGUUAGGUUUAGAGUUAGGGCUGGGUUUGGGGGUGGGGGUGGGAUCAGAGUUUGGGAUCAGGCUUGGGUGGGAAUUUUAGCUAGGUAGUUAGCUUAGAUAGGGGGGGUUUCAUCAAGAAGAUGUGCAGGCUGUAAGUACCAUUCCUUUGCUUUCUCUUGGUCUCCUGGGGGCGGGGUGUGAGUCCUGGGUCCCCUCCACAGCUUUAGCUCUCUGGUCCACCAGGGAGCUUCAUGGCUGAGUGGAGAUUUGAACCCUGCUCUCCCAGGUCCUCCCAGUCCAGCCCUCCAACCACUACACCUCUGCCUGGCUCCAUUUUGCAUUUCUCCAGCUGCCCUACAACAUUGGCCUUCUUCCCCUUCCUGGGGGGUCUCUCUGGCUCCAAGAAAGGCUCCACCCCCUUCCUCAUGUUCUGCUCCUCUUCUGGGACACCUUGAUGUUUGGAGGACCCUCCUAGGGGUCUCCUCCCUCACCAAGGAAGGGCAGGGCUGUCCUAAGAAGACGAGGCAGAGCAGCCCUUUAACAGCUGGCAAGGCUUGUCUUUCCUUUGGGCUGGAGCUCUAGAACCCAUAGCACUUGGGGCCUCCUUUCUCUCUCUGCCAGCCAUUCUUGCUCUGGGCUGCCUCUUUCCAGCUCUGGCGAUGCCCUUUCAGGUCGCAGAACUGCAGAGAGAUGGCAGGAAUUGGGCCAGACGCCCCUCCUCAUACACACACACACGAAUUGGGUCUGCCAGCUUCUGAGUCGCUCCCUCUGCUCGUCUCUUCUAGGCUCAGGUGCUUAAGGCGGCUGAUCAGCUGCAAGAAGGUGGCCCCCCUAGAAGUCCUGGAGCAGCCCGCGGUGUCGGGUGAGCAAGUGGCCCUCCUUUUGGGGACGGAGGAGGGCAGGAAUGGGCUAGGGGGGCAUCUAGUAAAAAGAUGCACAGAGCCAGACGGCUGGAUCCAACCCGCCUAUUUGCGACAGCAUCUGGAAAACACGCCCCCCCUCCAGCAACCACCCCGUUUUGUGGAGUCUGAUGGGAGAAUCAGGGGGCUGGGCUGCGGGGCAAGGCAGGGGGGCAGUUGUCAGCGGGAGGGGCACCUUCCCUGGGGAGCCAUGUUCUGGGAGCAGGAGGUUAGGAUUGGCCCCCAAGGCCUGGGGUGUCCUUCUCCUGUAGUAGGACUUGGAAUCCAGGAGAAAACUCUUGGAAAAGCCUUGCAAGGGGCUCAGGGAGGAACUCACCUGUCCCCAUGUCCUUCACUUUGCAGAUGUGCUGGGAAUCCACAUCCCUUCCGCUGCGGUGAGUAUUGGAUAAAACAAGAGCAGGAAGGGGAUCCCUCAGACCUGCCCCCCUCUUACACUCCACUCUGCACUCUCAGAUGUGGAGGAGCCCUCCCCCCACAAGGAACUGACAGCCUGACUUUUGCCUUUCAGCUGCUAGACAAAGAUCAGCUGUAUCUCCUGGGCAUCAUCCAGGACUGCCAGGCAGCUCGGCUCAGGGGGCUCCGAACCCUGAAGUACUCCAAGGAGGAGACUGCCAAAGCCAUUCUGGUGAGUGAUGGGUGGUGUGAGGGACCCCCAUGGGGAGGGAGGGGCAGAGAGGGGCUGGCAUUUGGGAUUGGAGCCGUCCUCUGGAGACUCCUGGAAGGAGCUGACUUUCCUCCUCUGCUCUCUUCUAGAACAUCCUUGGCCACUUGGAGUACUUCAGGGAUCGCCCCCUGAGCCUGGCCCUGGCCUUCGAGGCCCUCCUGCAAUUGAGGUGAGUGGGAUCUCUGGGGUGGGUGGGGCUGCAGGGGGACAGAACUCCAGGGGGAGCUUUGGGUGGGCAAGUCAGGCAGGAGGGAGAAGGGGACAAGGGAGACUUGGAGGAGGCAGUGUCGAACCCCUUCCCUUUCUCUCUCCAGUUUUAUGAGACCCCACUUCAGUCCCUCUACGGUGAGUGCAAUCCUCCAUAGAACAACAGAGGCAGUUCUGGGGAGCGCAGAGGAAGACAAAGAGGUAUGUCCUCUGCUUUAACUUCUCUUUGCACAGCUCUUUCAUCUUUUUACACUCUUACAAAAUUUAACCCAGCAGCACUCAACCUCUCUUCUCUCUUUUCCCACAGGAACUGAAGAGACCAUUCCAAAGCCUGCUGGGGGGUCUCCUCCUAGAAGCCCCCAAUACUAGCACCCUUCUCCAGUUGCUUACCGUAAGUAUCCUGAUAGCACCAGGAGUGGUUUAGGGUUGCCCCCCUGUCCCUUACCCAACUAACUGUCCCAUUUCUUUCAUCCUGCAGGACCUCCGAUAUUACGCCCUUUUGGGGAGUGAAGACCAAAGAAAAUUAGGGGCCAGCAGUAUAUCCCUGCUGCUGGCCCUUUCACGAAGAUUCCCAAACCUAAGAGUAAGUAUUUUGCUUUCCUGUAUUCAGUUCUUUGGUUGCUUCCAUCCUUCCUGGGUGGGGCUGCUUCUCUUACACCCAUCCAGGGUGGGGUUCAUAAUGUCAACUGACUCAGAUUUGUCUUUCGUCUGCAGAACACAGUGAUUCGGCCGGAGCUGGCGUGCUUCAGGAAUAAUCUGAAAGAAGGUAAGCAAGCCCCACACCUUGGGGACAAUGAACUCCCUGUCCCUUGUUUGCCCAAGACACACCUCCCAGGUCUUCUUGCUGGGAGUCCUGCAGGACCUGCUCCCUGCCUGGCAGGCCUUUCCCACCUGCCCUGGGAGGGCAGCACCCAGACUGACUCCAGCUACAAGAAGCCCGAGAGGACUGAACAGAUUUUCUCUCUUUUUCAUUCUUUUCCAUCCAGAUGACAUCAUCAUUGAGGAGUUAUAAUUUUCCUCCUUGCUCUAUUUGGAUAUCUCAACUGGCCAAAGACUGGCAGAAGAAGAGGCACUGAGAAUCAGGAGGGAGGCAGAAGAUUUAAGCAGCCAUGAAAUAUGGACUGAGAUUGGGCAGAACAAGCAAGCAAGCAAGCAAGCAAGCAAGCAAGAAAGAAAGAAAGAAUCCACGACAUUUGGUCAUCUAAUCUCUGCUUUAAAACCUGCAAGGAAGGAGAGUCCAUCACCUUCCAGGGAAGUCCAUUCCUCUGUUGAACAAUGUUCAGUCGGAAUCUCCUUUGUUGUAUCCUGAAGCCAUUGGUUCGAGUCCUACUGUCCAUAGCAGGAGAAAAAAAGCUCGCUGCAUCUUCCAAGUGAAAAUGGCUCUCUCUGGUGUCACUGGAUCAAGCUGAUCGAUUUUCUUGC